GUUGAUGUCCUGAACUCUGACGGGUAGCCUGCAUUGUGCCCACCCAAGAAGCGAAUAAGCAGAAUACAGAUUAACGCUCCGAAAAUGUCCAAUCCCGGCGCCAGAUUCGUCUCUCAAAGUCUUCUGCAGACUCUCAAAGCUCCCCAUUCCGCAAGCCGCCCAGCCAGAGCUUUCAUCUGCAGACAAUGCCGGCAGCUUCUCGCAGAGAAGCCCUCCCCAACAUCCACCCAGCUCGUCCAGGCCGCUCGUCUGUUUAGCACGUCUUCUGCAUUUCAGAAAAAGUCGUCUGCCUCGUCGAAAUCCGCCCGCUCGUCUCCCGAGGUCGGUUCGCCAAAGAAUAAGUCGGCACACAUACCUGACAAUGCGGCCACGAGGAACAAAGACGCUGAGGUCGACCCCUACGACUUCACCGACCUGAAUGAAGGCCUUGCCACUGCGAUGGCCAGGCUGAAAGACGCCUUGACAAAGACUCGAGAUGCCGGCCGCGUCACACCUGAGAAUCUUGGUCAAUUGCCCGUGGAGAUCAAUAUCAAGGGUAAAGAAGCACAUGGGGGCAGUGCGCACAAGGAAAGAGUCAAGAUUCAAGACCUAGCCAGCGUGGCACCCAAGGGUGGCAGGACUCUUCAGGUCUUUGCGGCUGAAGAAGCACACGUCAAACCCUUGCUUUCGGCUCUUGCGUCCUCUCAACAUAGUCUUGUCCCUGCCGUCGACUCCAACAAUCCUCUAUGCAUUAUCGUCCCCAUCCCGCCCGCCACAGCCGAAACGCGAGCUCAGGCCAAAGCCGAGGCGAAGAAAUGCUUCGAACGAGCCAGCAAUGAUGUUCGCAAUGCUCGUGGUGAUCAGCAGAAACGUCACCGGAAGAUGGAGCUGGAGAAGCUGGUGAUCAAGGACGAACUGCGCAAAGCCCACAAGCAAAUGGAAGAGGUCGUCCGCAAGGCUCAGGAUGAGGUCAAAAAGGUGUACGAGGCUGCCGUUAAGAGCCUGGAUGCGUAGAACGCCAUGUAAAAAAAAGUCUGAUUGUGACGGCUGCCAUAAGUGGUCACUAGUCCUUCGGAGCACAUUGGUAAAGAUAAUCUGUCGCUCUGCCAAAAAUAUCCCUCACGCCUACAAUCGCUCAUGUGAUUCUGCAUCUCCGUC